ACUCUGCGUUCGUAUGUGUUGUACGAGUGGGGAAAAAGUCAAACGUAAGAAGAAAAAUCAAUAAAAUUUUUCGCUGUAUGCUGUGUAAAGGAUUUUCAAGCAAAAUAAUUACAAGAAAAUAAAUAUUUUAUACACAAAUUUAGCAAGCAAAGUGUUAAAAAACGAAUAUAAAACAUAAAUGAAUCGUGGCCAAAUAAUUAAAUAAAUAAAACGUUAAAAUAUAUAGGAAAUUGCAACGCCCAUCUCGAGGUAUUACACAAAAACGGUCAUCUUAAAUAUAAAACGCUAUCUUAUCUACCGUUGAAACAACACCGCCACCACCUCUUUUAUGCAGGUCUGACGACGAACACCACAACUCUCUAUAAUUUUAAAUAAAAAACCAUUGAAUACCAGUGAUUAAUAUUAAUCUAUACUGGUGUUUUGCCGGUUUGGAAAAAAAAGACACACAAGUACAUACACAUACAUACCUAUACUAACACACAUUUGCUAAGCAAAAGAUUGUGUAAAAAAAAAAAAAAAUAAAAACAACUUGUUGCUUUUAUUAUAUUGUUCUAUUGGUGGUGCUGUCACUGCUAUACUACUGCUGCUGUUGCUGUUCGCUUGCUUGCUGUCAGAAACAAACAUUGAUUGCAACAAUAUUUUAAAUUUGAUUAUUAAACGUCUGCGUCUCUUCUUACUCUAGUGUAGACGUAUCUUGUGAUUAAUUUAAAUCAGUUAAACUCUCCCCUAAACAAGGAGAGUUUAAACGAACAACAACAAAAAAAGAAGAAACAACAAAUCUCUACAAGCAAUAAGUUUUCGAGUGUGUACGUUUGUUUUCUUCUAAAGCGGUUUUUUGUUAAAUCUUAAAAAUUAAUAAACUAACAACAAUGGCACCUGUUAGGGGAGAUGGUAUGCGUGGUCUGGCGGUUUUUAUAUCGGACAUAAGAAACUGUAAAAGUAAAGAAGCGGAAGUUAAACGUAUUAAUAAAGAAUUGGCCAAUAUACGCAGUAAAUUUAAAGGUGACAAAACGUUAGAUGGUUAUCAGAAAAAGAAAUAUGUGUGUAAGCUGCUAUUUAUAUUUCUACUGGGUCAUGAUAUUGAUUUCGGUCAUAUGGAAGCCGUUAAUUUACUAUCAUCGAAUAAAUAUUCAGAAAAGCAAAUUGGCUAUUUAUUCAUAUCGGUAUUGGUUAAUACAAAUAGCGAUUUAAUACGUUUGAUUAUACAAUCAAUCAAAAAUGAUUUGCAAUCACGUAAUCCCGUGCACGUUAAUUUGGCCUUACAGUGUAUUGCCAAUAUUGGCAGUCGUGAUAUGGCUGAAUCGUUUUCCAAUGAAAUACCAAAAUUAUUGGUAUCAGGAGAUACUAUGGAUGUGGUUAAACAAUCAGCUGCUCUUUGUCUUUUGCGCUUAUUCCGCUCUAGCCCCGAUAUUAUUCCCGGUGGCGAGUGGACUUCUCGCAUUAUUCACUUAUUGAAUGAUCAACAUAUGGGCGUGGUGACCGCUGCCACUUCUCUCAUAGACGCUCUAGUUAAACGCAAUCCCGACGAAUACAAGGGUUGUGUUAAUUUAGCCGUUUCCCGUUUGUCACGCAUUGUCACGGCCAGUUACACAGAUUUACAAGAUUACACUUAUUAUUUUGUACCAGCCCCUUGGCUGUCCGUUAAACUUUUGCGUUUGUUACAAAACUACAAUCCGGUUACUGAAGAGCCUGGCGUACGAGCCCGUUUAAAUGAAACUUUAGAGACUAUUUUGAAUAAGGCCCAAGAACCACCAAAAAGCAAGAAGGUACAACAUUCAAAUGCCAAGAAUGCGGUGCUAUUUGAGGCCAUCAAUCUCAUUAUCCAUAGUGACAGUGAGCCGAACUUAUUGGUGCGUGCUUGUAAUCAGCUGGGUCAGUUCUUGAGUAAUCGUGAGACCAAUUUGCGUUAUUUGGCUUUGGAAUCUAUGUGUCAUUUGGCUACUUCGGAGUUCUCACACGAAGAAGUUAAAAAGCAUCAAGAAGUUGUCAUUUUAUCAAUGAAGAUGGAAAAAGAUGUUUCGGUGCGUCAGAUGGCUGUGGAUCUGUUGUAUGCCAUGUGUGAUCGCAGUAAUGCUGAGGAAAUUGUACAGGAAAUGUUGAAUUAUUUGGAAACCGCUGAUUAUUCCAUACGAGAGGAAAUGGUACUUAAAGUGGCCAUUUUAGCUGAAAAAUAUGCAACUGAUUUUACUUGGUAUGUUGAUGUCAUUCUUAAUCUAAUACGUAUUGCUGGCGAUUAUGUUUCCGAAGAGGUAUGGUAUCGUGUCAUACAAAUUGUUAUCAAUCGCGAAGAGGUCCAGGGUUAUGCCGCUAAGACUGUUUUCGAAGCCCUCCAAGCACCCGCUUGCCACGAGAAUAUGGUCAAAGUCGGUGGCUACAUAUUGGGCGAAUUUGGUAAUUUAAUUGCGGGCGAUUCGCGUUCUGCUCCCCUGGUACAAUUUAAACUGCUACACUCGAAAUAUCACUUAUGUUCACCAAUGACUAGAGCUCUCUUACUGUCGACAUACAUUAAAUUCAUAAAUCUAUUCCCUGAGAUACGUACCAACAUACAAGAAGUAUUCCGUCAACACAGCAAUUUACGUUCAGCCGACGCUGAGCUUCAACAGCGGGCCAGUGAAUACCUACAAUUGAGUAUUGUGGCAUCCACAGAUGUGCUGGCAACAGUGUUGGAAGAAAUGCCCUCGUUCCCGGAAAGGGAAAGUUCCAUAUUGGCCGUGUUGAAGAAGAAGAAACCUGGUCGGGUACCAGAAAAUGAAAUACGCGAAUCGAAGAGUCCAGCACCAGCUGCUGUACAAAAUAAUACACAUGCUGCUACCAAUCACAAAGUAAACAGCAAUGCUAAUACAGAUUUAUUAGGUUUGAGUACUCCACCAGCCAAUAAUACCGCUAACAAUAGCGGCACUUUAAUAGAUGUUUUAGGCGAUAUUUAUGGCAGCACCAACAAUAAUACCGCUAUAUAUAAUACCAAAAAGUUCCUAUUCAAGAACAAUGGUGUUUUAUUCGAAAAUGAAAUGUUACAAAUUGGUGUUAAAAGUGAAUUCCGCCAGAAUCUGGGACGUCUUGGUUUGUUCUAUGGCAAUAAAACUCAAAUACCCUUAACGAAUUUUACUCCUGUUUUACAAUGGGAUGCUGAGAACGGUUUAAAGCUGAAUGUUCAAAUGAAACCGGUUGAGCCCACCUUAGAAGCUGGCGCCCAAAUCCAGCAAUUGUUGACCGCCGAAUGUAUAGAAGAUUAUUUAGAUUCUCCCACAAUUGAGGUGAAUUUCCGUUAUAAUGGUGUACAACAAAAGUUCAGCAUUAAGCUGCCGUUAACAAUAAAUAAAUUCUUUGAACCAACAGAAAUGAAUGCCGAUUCAUUCUUUGCUAGAUGGAAAAACUUAAGCGGCGAACAACAAAGAGCUCAAAAGGUCUUUAAAGCUCAACAGCCGUUAGAUUUACCUGGUGCUCGCAACAAACUCAUGGGUUUCGGUAUGCAAUUGCUGGAAAGUGUUGACCCCAAUCCUGACAAUAUGGUGUGUGCGGGUAUCAUUCAUACACAAACACAACAAGUGGGUUGUUUACUCAGAUUAGAGCCCAAUAAACAGGCACAGAUGUUCCGUUUGACAAUACGUGCCAGCAAAGAAAGUGUAACCCGAGAAAUAUGCGAUUUGCUUUCAGACCAAUUUUAAGAAACACAAUAUUUAUGCAAAAUAUUGUUAGAGAAAUGAAAACUGCAGAGACAAGCAAACAAACAAGAGGGGAAAAUGCAACGACAUUUCUAUUAAUUAAAUAUUAAUAACAAAAAAAACCAAGCAAGAACAACAAUAAAUCAUUAAACAAAUUUAAAGAAAAAACAAGUAGUUAAACAAAAAGGUAUAAAUAACAAUUUUAAUAAUAUUAAUUAUAAUAAUUAUACUUACAUACAAAAAAAAGCUUGCAUUCAUUUUCGAUGACAAAGAUUUAUAUUUCAAAAUUAUAGAUUUUCCUUUAAAAGAAAAACAAAACAAAAAAAAAAAUACAGUCCGAAAAAAAUAAAACCUGAAUUAUAGCACAAUCCUUAAUAAUUAAAAA